UCAGGAAAACACUUCCGGGAAAAUCAGUGUGUUUUCAUUUCAUGUGUUUUGAAAAGUUUAUUGUUUUAUAAUCGUUUUAGCUUUGGUUUAUACAACGAAACAACUUGUGCAUACUAUUCAUGUAUGCAUUUAUCACGUUAUUCAAGCACACACAGAUAAUGUUAUUGGUCCGUCGGGAUAAACAUCGUGAUGUGAGAUGUUAUCCAAGUCAGCAUAAAUAAUGUGGGAUGUGAGAUUGGUGACAGCAGACUCUGUAACAAGCUGACAAGAGAAGAAAAAUACAACAGCCAGACUGAUUCAAAUCUUGGACCUUUGAAAUCUACACUAACAAAUGAUGUAGUUGCCAUAUACAGUACCUUCCAGUGCCUAAGCCAGCAUCCUGUGAUGACCACUGUUUCCACGAUGGAGGUUGUAGGGAACAAGAGCAUCCCUUUUGCCAACACAACCGGUGGUACCGAUAUCAUGGGGUCAAACUGCUUUGGCAGAUUCAACACAGUAGCCUGCAUCAGGAGUUCAGUGUUGACGUUUUUGGCGGUUGUGACAGCACUGUUAUGUAUAAUGAAGAUAGCAAAACUACACAUACAUCACCAUCCAGCCUGGCAUCAGUAUGUCAUCUUCUACUGCGCAUCCCUGGAGUGUGUCAUUGGGGGUGUCCAUUGGGUACUGGUGGCUUAUGCACAGCUGGACUUUGUGCUGCAGUACCUCAAGUUGUUACAGUUCCUGGUCAUGUGUCACUUCUACUGGACCCUGGCCACACGGGCACUGAGACGUGAACGACUCACAAAAUGGUUCCUUAUUCCAUUCCUGGUCUUGGUGUGUGUUUACUUCACAGUCAUAGCUACACUGGGCAUCGUAAAUGUGCAGUCUACACUGACAGAAUGUCUACAACCGUACUGGCUGGAGUUGUCGGGGGCAGAGUUUGUCACUGUCCAGUUGUUUGGAGUGGCAGGCUUUUAUAUCACACGUCGACUAAAUGAAAUCAGUACUCUUGAUUCAGUCCGCUGGUCACAGAAGAGGGACUUGUGGUGCAUCGUGAUUGUGUUUGAGAUAUCAGCAUUUGUUGGAUUCCUGUAUGAUAUUAUGCUAAAGAUUUUGGGUGAUGAAGCCAGUGGAUGCAGUAAAAUUUUUAAUGAUGCAGAAGAGCUGUACUCAACAAUAUUUAUUAUUUUUAUGGUGUUAAAACUCUUGUUGCCUAUCUGGGUGAUGCUGUUCGUGUUCCAGCCGUCGCCUCCUAUGGUGGAUCACGACGACCUUAUACCUGCCCUCAGUGAUGAUGGGAACUCAGCAUUCAGUGCCAGUAUAGAUGAUCACCAGUACAGACAGCUGUAUCAUCCGGCCGAGGACUACCAUAGCUUCAACGACAACUCACCAUCACCCGCAGCGCCACCUAAUAGGACAUCAAAUGGAAAUAUGAAACGGAGCACCUCAAACCUUGACCCGAUCAGAGAAGAGGCAACUCCAAACAGUUCUGUAAAAUCAAAACCUGAGGAUGCAAAUAACUCCAGUACUAGUAUACAGACAGGCAGCCGUGAGACUCCCCCUGCUCAGAGGAGCAAGUUUUACAUAUGAUGUGAGAUCCAUGUGCUUUUUGCACUAAACUUCUAUAUAAGUGCAGGUUGUGUAAAUAAUGGUGCAGUAUUCUUCUGUACUUAAAGUUGGAAGUUGUAUUACAGUCUUACUUUGAGUAAAUUGUAUUGCAGUCUAACUGUGAGUAAAUUGUAUUACAGUCUGCGAGUUGAACAGUGCUAUGCUGUGGUUAUGACGGUCCCUCCACAGUGUAGUCUGACUGGACUUAUUUUUACUCGGCACAUCUCUCUCAGGUCUCCAGAUGAACAAGCUCAAGAUUUGUGGUGUCGCAAGAAAUCUCCAGCAUAUCAUGGAUCUGUGAAAAUGAAUGUGAAAUUAUCGUGUCGGUUGAUUCUGACAAUAGAUUGGUGUGACUACCUCCAGUCAUUAUCUGUGUCUGAUGCGGUUCCAACGAUAAAUCCUGUUUAGUUUCCUAAAGUUACACUUGGGAGUAAAGAGGAUAAUGGUUAUUAGAUGCAAGGAACUUUUUCUGGAGAAAAUGAAAAUUAUUUUUAGGUCACCUGAGCUUUAGCUCAAGUGACCUAUUGCUAUCCGUUUUCGUCCGUCG